AUGGCUGAAGAGAACACGAGUACGUUCAACUCGGAACUUGCCAGCACUAGCUUUGAUGAGGUUGAUGAAGACGAUGCCUUCGAAGCUGACCUUCUAGAGAAGUUGGACUCCAGCGGCAUGUGCAAGCUGCGGGAACAUUUCUUCUGCAAGGAAGGCCAAAAAUACGACCAACAGAGGAAGCUGUCAGGCAGCAUUCCUGGUUACAAAUACUCUGGGUUGUCACUCAACAGAGACGAGUUCAUCGAGGCGAUGGAAAGCGCUAUGGGUGCCCCUGUGGAAGCGGCGGUUGGCGCCCGGCUGUUCGGCGCGCUGGACGCCCACAACCGCGGCCUGGUGUGGUGGGAGGAGGUCCUGGACUACCUGAUCGACAAGGCGGGCCGCCGCGACCGCGACAGACUGUCCUGGCAACCGCUGGAGGCUCGACACACCGUGCACCACCUGCCGCACUGCAAGCGCGAGCCGGUGCUGCGAGUGCUGGGACUGCGGACGGCGAGCUCGUUCUGCUACCUGGCGGCGUGCCGGCUGGGCCGCGUGGGGCUGUACGGCGGCCGGCUGGAGCAGCUGGAGGAGUACGUGCUGCCGCUGGGGGCCACGCGCCGCCGCCGCCUCGCGCACACCUGGCUCACCGACGCGCUGCACCUGCCCGACGCCGCCGCCGUGCUCUACCUCGCCUCCGACCGCAGCCUGCUCCUCUACGACGCCUCCUGCUUGGUGCACACGCCGUUGUGCGUGGUGAGUGGGAUGCGGAACGUGGCCGAGUGUGCGUGCUACGCAGCCUCUGACGUGCACGCAUCGGGCCGGUCCACGCUCUACAUGGGAGACGACCACGGCAACGUCAUCACACUCGUCUUUCACCAGCCGCGGGUCUCGCUCUUCCGCAAGAAGCACCCUGACAAACUCGACAGAUACUACUGGGUGGAGCUGGAGCAGCAGACGGAGUGGGUGUCGGUGCGGGUGGACGAGGGCGUGCACGCCGGCGCGGUGCGGCAGCUGGCCUACUGCCCGGACAACGACACCCUGGUCUCCUGCAGCCACGACCCCGCCGCCACCGUCGUCAUCAGGCACGCCCCCGCGCGCCGCGCACCCUACAUCUUCCGGCUCGCCAGGGGCGUGCGCUGCUUCCACUUGGAGCGCCGCCUGAAGCUUUUGGCCACGGGCAGCAGCGACUGUGUGGUGCGACUCUGGAACCCCGUGGUCACCAACCAGCCUACCGCUUCGCUCUUCGGCCACGCGGCUGCCGUCGUAGACGUGCUCGUCAUGCCAGACAUGGACGUCGUCUUCAGUUGUUCCACUGACGGGGUGGUGAAGGCGUGGGACGUGUGGGACCAGUGUUGCGUGCAGACAGUGAGUGUGCGCGGACCCCUAGAGCUGGGGCUGGAGCACGGCGCGCUGUCGCUGGCGGCGGGAGGCCGCUGCCUGCUGCUGGCGGGCGGCUGCCACGUGGCCACUGUGCGCAUGCGCCAGCCGCGCCGCCCCGCGCAGCCGCUGCCGGCCACACCGCCGCCUCUGCCGCCGCCCUCGCGCGAGCACCGACCGGCCGUCCCGUCACCCUGGCAGGCGGCCGAAGCGCGCGGCAUCAUUACCCCGGACUCGUCAGUCUACAGCCAGUCCAGUGUAUGUGGCGACAGUGAGAGCGGAUCUCCUUCACAGUCGCCGUCGCCACCACCACCCAGCAACCACGACAGACCGGAAACGCCAGAGGUUGCCACCAGUUCCGGUCGCAUGCCCGAGCUGCCGCCGCCUCCGGUGUUGCCUCAUUCUCCCGGGCCGCCGCACGAUCUGCAUUCGCGCCGCGCGCUCCACGAACGGCGGAUCCGCGAACUGCGCCCAGUGGUGGGACAGUGCGCACCGCAUCUGGCCCUGGCGCUACACGAGCCAGUGGAACUGCGGCUGUCGCCAGCGCUGCCACCGCCGCCCGGACUGGCCGCGCGACACCCGGAGCGCACGGCGCGCCUGCUGCAGCAGCCGGAGCGGCUGGCGAGAGCCCGACUGCUGUCGCCGAGCUCCGUGUCCGUGCUGAGCGCCCGUAGCGCCAGCAGCAGCGACACACGCAAGUAGUGUGCUCUCAGCACGUGAAAUAUGCACACGCAGCGACAAUGGUGCACAAAAUAUCGGUCCACAUGCUGCGUUUCAUUCUGCAGUCUGAUAUUUAAAAACUGUUUUGUACUCUCACUUUAGUUACACUAUCAGAAGUUGGAAUUGCUACAUCAUUAAGCGCCGAUCCUAUAUUUACCAAACUAUUUGGAGAUGUUCACACACAGCGAGUAUUAAAAUUUCAUUCCAUUCGGAACUGAUGUUCAUUGUGGACUUCCUUAUGAGAUGAGACCCUUACAGGCAUGAAUAAACGCUUGUAUUCAUUUGGUAUAGAAGCAUGCAACAUCUGAGCGAUACAUUGAAGAUUUUCUAGCCAUGCCUAAAAUACAUGCUGUGUCAGUUCAUGAAGAUUGCUGGUUGAAGGCUAGUCUAGAAGUACAUGUCUUUCCAUCGCAUCCCAGACAUGCUCUGUGGGUGACACAUCAGAUAACAGGACUGCUAGUCAAGAAUCUACAGUUUUAUCAAGGUGUUUGUGCUGUGAAAUGCAGUUUGGAGUCUGCAUUAUCUCAUUGGAAUAUCCCAUUUGGAGCCCUGAUCAUGAAGGGUAUGACAACAGGGUUUACCAUUUUUUCUACCCACAGAUUAGCAUUCAGCUUCCCUUCAGUGAUUACCAAAUCUGCCCUGUUUCCCAUAUUCGGUAGCUAUCCGCACCGCAAUUCCAAGAGCUGGAGAAUUAUAGUUUUUGAGAAUAGCUGCUGUCUGAGAGCUUUCACCAAGUCUUUUACACACUCGUUGGUGUCAAUCAGACAAGUCUACGUUGUUUGUGGUAUGGUGUUAGCAGUAAACUACACAAGGCAACUUGAGACCUCAACCCAGUUUCCAGCAACUUGCUGGUGGCAGUUCAUGGUGAUACAUUCCUUGUAAUUUCUUCCGAGUUUCCGAAUGUUGUCAUUUAUUUUUCAAACCCAGUCAAGCAACCCUACAUUCUAGGGUCAAGCAACCCUAUAUUCUUCCCAUGGUGUAUUUCUCCUAUAAGGAACUAUACCCACACUUCUUAACAUACUAUUGUCCCAAGUUCAUCUCAUUUUCACUUAUUCUGCAGUCAUUGCGUUACUCCCAGCUAAGUGUGUGAUCUGUUGGUAUGAUGCCCGAUUGACCUUCAUUCUGACAAAUCUACCUUUUCUCAGUGUCCAAUACAUCAUGAUAAGCUGUGUGUGCCCAUCCUCUGCAUAUACUGUGUUGCAAGCCCCACCUGAAAAAUUCCAGUAACGUUAAACACACUCAGUACCCAUCAUUACAUCCACUACUUCUUGCCUGUAGAAUACUUGCUUUAGAGCAUUGAGAAUAAUCUCACAUAAGGCUGAACUUUUAAUCAAUAUAUCCCACAGGGUUGAAAUACCAGAGUAUCAGCUUAGUAGUGUUCACACACUCUGCACAUGUUGUAACACUUUCCAUUUCUGUCAGUGUAAUCCCUCAGGGAUGACAUGUUACUGUCUUGAUUUUUUCCCCUUUUUCUUGUUACUAAAACAAAUAAAAAUCCAGUCGGUGUGCAUCUGAGACAGAAACAGCAUUAAAUACUAUCGAUUUCGUGGUUACUAAAAUGAUACAGUGCUCUUAUGUAAAACUACUUUGUGUCACACUGAACCUGGAGAUUAAUAAAAUUACCUACAAAUGGAGA